AUGGCAACAUCGUUAGCGAUGGAGCAACCUUCUCUAGCUUCACAAGACAUGUCCCCAGAUACACAGGACGUCGAUCCAUUUCUGUCGAGCUCAACAAGCUCGAACCGCCAAAGAUUCUCUCCUUUCGAUGCACAGCUAUUUGCUCUAGGCCAAGAUGCCUCACCAGAUCAAGCGAAGCACGCGUUGGAAUCACAUCUAGCGGAAACGGAACGACGUAUUCAGGAAGCUUCCAAGCUUGGUACGGCCCUUGUGCAACAGCGUAAAGAGCUGUCGGACCGGCUGAGGGAUGUGGAAAAGCAGCAGAGCGAUGCCGAAAUUAGCCCCGAGCUUCAGCAGCAGCUGGUAGAUAUCGAAAGAGAAUUUAAUGAAGUUGGUCGCGAAAGCGCAAGGGCUUUUUUGCCAAAGUCGAGAAUGUCAAGUAAUGAGAUGGCGGGGUCUCCUUUCACAGGAGAUAAACGUUCACUAAGUCCUACAAAAUUCGAAAGCCAUGGUGCAAGCUCACCAACCAAACUCAGCGUUCCCAGUCGAAAACAACGCAAUCAACCUGCCAAUCGCAAGCACGAUACCGAAUUCUUUACAGAAAUUAGCACAUCUCUUUUAUCCCAAGUCCGACAUUUGCAAGCAUUGUUAGCAGAAAAAGAAGAAUCACUGAAAGCUGUAAAGCUGGAGAAUUCUCGAUUAGAAAUUGAAGCCGAAGGGUUCAGUCACCGCCUCAGAAGCCUCGACGAGAGCGAGCAUCGAUACAAGGACGAGAAUUGGGAUUUAGAGACCCGAAUUCACGAAUACAUGGCAUCCGCGAAAGAGUCGGCAGAUAGAGAGAAGAAGCUCACUCAUAGUCUGAACAUAUUGCAAGUUGAGAAGAGCGCAGCGCAAAAGGAAUUAGACGAGAUAAAAUUGAGUCACGCAAAGCUUUCUGAAGAUCACUUGGCAGCCGUCAAGCACCACGAUGUCGAAUUUGGAAGCGCGAAGAGGAGUCUAGUCUUGGCCGAGCAGGAACGAACCAAUUUGCAGCGAAAGGUUGAUGAAUUAGCAGGUCAGAAUACAGAACUCGCCAAGGCCAUUGCGCAUCAACGAGGCCGAAUGGAAAGUCAAGAUACAUCUCGCGGCUUGACUGACGACGAUUUCGAUACUGCACAGGAUGAUGUUACACCUGAACACUCCCCACCACCAUCACCGGUAAAAGGAACUCCGAGACAUAGCAUGCUAGAGUCGGAGACUCUCAAGAGCUCAUUACAUCACGCCCAUCGCAUGAUCCAAACCUUAAAGGGCACUAUCCAUCGAGAGAAGACUGAGAAACUCGAGAUGAAGCGUAUGCUUCAAGAUGCUAGAGAUGAGUUAGAUGCUCGCCGAGUCGAAGGUGGCCUGAAUUCUGCAAACGGAAAGCGUAGCCGGAAGGUCGACUCUAGAGAGUUCAAGAAACCAGCAAGACCGGGUCAACUUGGCGGCUUGAGAAACAGCAGAAAUGAAAUCAUCAUAGAUGAUACAAAUUGGGAAGAAGACAACGGAGAUCAUAGCCCAAGCCGCUCCGGCGCAGUUACUGCCGCUCGUGUUGCUAUGGGACUUUCGAACCCACCCACCUUCUCUCCCGAUUCCAGCGAUCAUUUCGACACCGCCAAUGAGACUAGUGAUGCUGCUUUUGAGACUGCAAACGAGCGCGGUACUGAGACUGAAGAUUUCCAGACUGGCGUGGAAGAUAUGGGGGCCAGCAGCGAUGAGUUAACAGAGAAGGAAGAUUUACCAGCUGGUGCUCGUAGCAAGCCAACGCGUCUUUCUUUGGCAAAGAUCGGAAAUAGACAGUCGUACCAGAGCACUGCAUCAACAUCGGGCGAAGAUUAUGACUUCGAUGAAGUCAAAACCCCAACUGUAACUCAGCCUCAACGACUAAAGCUCAGAGUCAGUCGUGGCGGCAACAGACGAUCUCGCCAGCCAAGCGAAGAGCCUUCUUUCAAGAGUUCUCCAGCCGCAAGUUUCGCAAACAGCAGUACCCAUGGCACACCACAAGCUUCAGGACAGACUCUAUUUGCUGAAUUGGCUGACAUGAGUGACGAAGAGGAAUCGAUUACUGGUACCCCAAGCAGAAGUGGGUUUACUUCCCCAGCUAGUACUCCAGCAGUGUCGAGACCUAGUACUGCAAAGAACACGCCCGCAGUGCCUUUCGAAAUUCCGCCCGUUCCAAAAUUACCUAUGGUCGACUCAUCUACCAUGACUGAUGUUUGGGAACCAGAGACUUCUUCUCAGAACAGUGCUGUGCCGAUACUUGGUGGUAUUCUGGGUGGUGCCGCUGUUGGUGCCUCUGCUGGAGGUGUUCUUCAUUCGUUCCACGACAGGCAUUCAUCCACCGGCACACAGGUUGGACCCGAGAUGACCGAUUCAGCAGCUCAGUGGCACGACGAUCAAUACAUGGACCACCUGACAGUUGAUUCACAAGACGGUUCUCGACCAAUCUCAAUGUCAACAUAUAGCGACAGUAGCUCUCAAUAUGAUCCAACAGUAAUGGACGAGAGACUUGCCAGUUUCCCCUCUCCACCACUCUCAAGAGCACAAACUCCAUUGAUUAACCUUUCCGCGAUCCAGUCCAGCCCUGCACCUUUGAGCAUGUCUACAAUUUAUUCGGAGCAUGUGGAGCCGACCGAGCUUGAAAUUUCGCCAAUUUCUCCUGAACCGGUUAGAGAAGAGGUUGUCCCUGUGAAAGCAGCGCCUCCACCAUUAGUCCUCUCGAAUAUUCAAUCUGUGGAUACGGAGCCUAUCGAAGAGCCCCUGGAAUCACUUUCACCACGCACACCAAAGAGGAAAGCUAUGAUAAUUCCAAGAGACGAAUCGGAUAAUGAAGCCGUUGCUUCUACACCAGAGGACCCCUUUGUCGAAACUCGGGACGCUACGCCCCCUCCUGCGCCAACUGAAAGUGUCACCAAAUCAGAGGGUCCAUCAACCCCCAAAGCUGCCGGAUUCCUUGGAUCUGUAUUUGGCCGGAAGAGUGGCAAGACCCCAUCUACACCGAUAAUAGCUGAAGAUGAGACCCGCCAGUCACCAAAUGCCUCUCCUCUUAUUGAGACUCCGGAAUCUCAAAGACCUUUCAAGGAGUUGUCUAACAAUACGAAUGAGAAAGUCGUAAGGCAACCACGUGCGGAAACCACGGACGAGAGUUGUCAAACUAUUGUCACUUCUACUCAGAUCGAUGAGAUGCUCAAGGCUAAGCAGCGGCAGGCUGCAAUUCUCAUUGAGGAUGGAUCAAGAUCACCCACCUCGCCCAGCAAAUCUGUUAUCAAAGGCAAGAAAUCGCAGGAGAGCAUUGCAAGCGUCAAUCGCACUCACGAUGCUGUUUUGAUCAAGAGACAAACUAGUGCAGCAAGCUCCCGACAUGGCUCUAUGUCAAGCACUCACCCGCCUCUUCCACCAGACUCUAAGCAAGUCAUUGCUGAAGCGGCAAAGCGCGUAGGGUCAUCAGGUGGUCCUCCGGCGAUUAUCACUCAACGUGCUGGCUCUAUCAAUGGUACAACUGGUACUCUCGUUGCCCCGCGUUCAGGGUCUUCGUCCGGUGCUGUGGGAAGCAUGGGUCCACCGCUAUUCCCAGCUUCUGCCUACAAAAAUGGAUCAUACAGGCCUCGUACCCCAUCCGCUGGUCCUAAGAGUCCUUCUGUCAAGGACGGUACUACCCCUCGCGUAUUACACUCCUCGGGUGGCAAUGGCAUGCAUUCUCCAACUGGUACUGGAAGAUCUCGACGCUCAUCGGUGUCGUCAUUCGCUUCGGAACUGGAAACUAGAUUCAAUAUUCGUGGUGUCGGCAUGCCCCAAGGCAUGGGUUCUACCACCGACGAAAGAAUGAUCAAUGCAGUUACCCAGACCAUGAUUGGUGAAUAUCUCUGGAAGUACACCAGAAAAGCCGGUCGUGGGGCAAUCUCAGAGAAUAGACACAGACGUUACUUCUGGGUUCACCCGUAUACAAAAACACUUUACUGGGGUGACCAUGAUCCUUCAUCAGCGAAGAAUAGGGCCGAGCUUAGAGCAAAGAGUGUGCCAAUUGAGGCUGUCAGAGUUGUCACAGAUGACAACCCUAUGCCACCUGGGCUUCACCGCAAGAGUUUGAUUAUCAUGACUCCUGGUCGAGCAGUCAAAUUUACUGCUACUACGGGCCAGCGUCAUGAGAUUUGGUUCAACGCAUUGUCUUACUUACUUCUCCGCGACGAGGAAAUGGCCCUCGAGGACACGAAGGAAGUCGCAAAUGCGGGUUUGACCGGAGAGGAUGUUGCCGAAUUCAACCCUCCCUUCCGCAAUAGUAGCAGUCGUAAGGGACCUGGCUCACUUUCCUCUUACAACAGUCGCACUACUCGUGAUACAUCGCCAAAUCGCAAAACUAGCAGCCGCUUGUCGAACCACCCCAACAAUAUGUCAACUUCAUCACGAGCGUCGAUGGGUACUUUAUCACGCCUGAGCAAUUACUGGAAUCCCGGAAAGAAUAGUGGUAUCAUGGGAAGUUCCAGAAGUAGGCAUGGCGUCGGUGGUCAAAGCGGUAGUAUUUAUGAAGCUAGCGAAGUACAUGACAGUGCCGAGGAUCUGAGAGAAUUGAUCGAAAGGCAGGAUCGUGAAUCCGAUAGGCUUGAGAAUGUCAGAGCAUGUUGUGAUGGCAAACAUGAUGUCGGUCACCUACACAGUCAAUCUCAUAAAAAGAGCAGCGGCCAACCAAGCACGAUUGGAGCAUCUGGGUCGCGUGCAGCCGCUGGAUCUCGGGCCAAGAGUCGAACAAGUGCUAUGAGACGCACAGAAUGA